GGCCGCGCCGUCACCAUGGUGACCUCCUCUUCCUGCUCGGGCUCCCAGGCGAUCAGCUGGGGACAGGCCAGCAAGAACGUUCGAGAAGAGGCUGGGCCAGUGGACAGCGUCCAGGAGCCCAGGUCCAGGGGUCCCUUGUCCCCAGGAAGGGAUAGCCCUCAGGCUCCCGAGGCCCGUGGCCCCGUGUUCACUCUGAGGGACCCCACACGGGAGGCAUUUUACCAGGACCAGCUCGGUAACUGGCAGGCUCAGUACAAAACUAAAACGAAGAGAUCCUUGUUCAAAAGGAAUCCCAAGAUGUUUGGGCCAAUGCGCGGUUGCAGACCUAAGAAGACGCCCUUUACUUCACAGGAUCUCACUCAGUUGCCCGGGCUGGCCUUCCACUGGACCUGCUUCUGCCUCAGCCCUGCGAGUCACUGGACUGUAGGCCUGGCCACCCGGCCCUGCCACUCGGCUGGCAACUUGGUUUGUGGGUGUCCCUCUUAUGCUCCCACAGUUGCUCCCCAUCAGGAUUUAGUCUUACAGUCACCUGGAGGUGGGGCGUCUGCACCUGGGAACGCAUGCUGCCUGCGAACCCCCCCGUCGGCUGCCUCGGCCUGGCCCCCCUGGUCCCCCUCCUGCUCUCUCACCCCACGCCCUGUUUCCUGGCCCUUCAUCUGUCUCCCACAAUGACAGCUGGCCUCAGAGAUUCCUCGUUUAUUUGAAGUUGAUUAAAUAGCAAUUAAUGGUGAAAAGCUACACUCGAUGAGUUUUAAUAAGCACGGGUAUUUAUAGAUAUAAAACAAUACCACGCCAACGUCUCCGAUUAACUCACGCCCGUAACAAUGCUUAAUCUUCUCCUUUUCAGGCCUGAGUGUUUACAAAGGAUGUUUUGAAAUUUAAUUGAUAUUGUGAAAAGAUAGCCUAUAGCCAGUUAAUUAGACACUAAUUAGACCCUAAAAAUACUAAUCAGAAAUACUAAGUGGCAUUUAAUAAGUAUGUUAAAUAUCCUCUUUAUUUCAGUUAUCUUGUUUCAUAGCAAUUAAAUUGCCGAACUUCUUUGGAGUAGAUGAAGAAACAAGUUUAAUGUUUUAAUUUAAUUUAAUUAAUGUAAAUUUGAAUUAAUUACGCUGUUGGAAUUAAUUGUGUGGUGUGUUCCCUAGCAAGUGUAAAAUUUGGGUAAAUAUUAUUUUAUUGGGCUCACGCCAA